UUUUGUGUCUCUUUCUGACCUUCACUGCUGCCAGUUCCUCAGUCCUGCUGCAGGAGGCGCCAGUGAGCUGAACGAUGGAGCUGAUUGGCCAAUCAACCAUGAGAUGUCCGUCUCCAACAGCUCUCCUUCCUCCAUCUGUAUGUUUACACUCCAUCAUCAGUCCUCUACCUCUCCGGACGGGACUCUGCCUCUGGACUCCGACUCCACCGCGCAGAUGCCUCAGAUGGACGGGGGUCUGUACGGCCAGCAGAUGGGCUUUCCAAAGAUGCCGGACAACCGGAGCAUGGAGCAGAUGAUGGGGUUGGGUUACCUGCCGUAUCCCUCCUGUCUGAACGGCACGAACACCGAACGAGGAGCGCAGCAGAGUCACGGCGCUCCACAGGAUUUUUCGCAGUUUCUUCUGCCAGCCCCAGUGUCCACCCUCCGCCAGGCCGGACAGAAGAGAGGCCUGAGCAAAGACAGCGUUGAAUAUCGCCUGCGCAGAGAGCGGAACAACAUCGCCGUGAGGAAGAGCCGCGAUAAAGCGCGCCGCCGGAUCCAGCUGACCCAGCAGAGGGCGCUGCAGCUACAGGACGAGAAUCACAGACUGCAGCUGCACAUACAGCGUCUGUCGCACGAGGUGGACGCGCUCAGACACUACCUGUCACAGCGCCACCUACAGGCCAAAGAGCAGGACGGCGGGGGACAGGACAACUGUUGAGCGACUGAAGGUUUUGUUGAUCGUAGAUUAGAUUGGUGACUUUCAUAUCGUUUCAGUUGAAUGUCAUUUCCCAAAGUGAACAUGGGAAGUAAUCUAUUUGAAGGGAUAACCCGAUGUCGGAUGUAUUGAACAUUACAGCAAAUCAGGAAGUCGUGCGGAAAAAGCACAACAAACUCAGUUUCAUUUGAAAUAAAUAGUUCAAUCUUG